AUGUUGCAUGAUUCCAGUGAUGAGGAUGAAGGUGGUGGAGGUGCAGUUAACAAGAAAGUGGUAAACAAUCCACCCGUUAAUCGUCCAGUAGCUGCACUAAAUCGGCCAGCCGCAAAUCAUGUUAAUACUGGUUCACCUGUAUUGACAUCUCGCUCCGAGCAUUCAUCACCCACAUCAAAAACUACACCGACUCAUUUUUCUCCACAAGCUAAUUUCCAUGCACCAUCGACGCCAACACAACGUACACUACCGAAAAUUCCCACGUCAGUUAAUAAUUCCCCGUCAGCCUCUUUGCGUUCAUCGACAAAUACGAAUCUUUUUCCUGACACACAGAAUUCAUCAAUGCUUUUCAAUACCGAUACCACAAGUAUUAAAAGUGAUGAUUCAUCGACAUUCUCCGAAGGACAUUUACAUCCAUCUCAACAACAAAGCUCAUUGACAAAAACACGUUCCCAACAGCCGACGACAACUGCCACAAUCAACCAAAAUACCAGCAGCCUAUCGAAAACAUUAGCAACUACCGCGAGCUCGUCGACAGGUACGACAGCGUCUAGUACGGGCAUACCUGCCGAUCGUGCUCCAUCACCAUCUCCAUCGUUGAUUAGUGAACGUGAACGUGAAGAAAAUGAACGUGUUGAACGUGAACUCGAACUGAAACGAAAACGUCUCCAAGUCUAUGUAUUCAUAUGCCGUUGUGUUGCAUGUCCAUUUAAUUCCAAGCAAUCGUCAGAUAUGGCAAGAAAACAUUUGAAAAUAACUCUUGUUCAAUAUGGUGUUAUCAAAGAAAGAUUUCUCGCGUUCUUGAAUGACAAUCAUGCGACAGGUAUACCGGAAUUGUCUACUUUUAUUAAUCAGGUGCGCGUAUGUGGAAAAAAUAGUAUUAAAACAAGAAGUCGGGUUGAUAUAAUGGGUAUUCAUUGA